AUGACCUCUACUCCUCCCACUGCCCCCACUGGAAACAACAAGCCUACUCUUACGGGUUCUAGGAUCAAGCAGAGGAAGGGUGCCGUAAAGUCCCAGGCCAAGUUUGAGCCGGAAGUAUUCCGCAACUCGCUGUACAAGUACUUUGAGACGAUCCAACCGGGUGACUGGGAUGGGUACCUGAGCAGCCUCGAUAAGGCGGGCAACACGCUCGACUACCGCCGCUACACGGACCAGCUUUUCGAGAUUCUGAUUGUCGGCGGCCUGCUGGCUCCCGGCGGCUCCUACCUCGAUGACGGUGCGCCGAUGAGUGCCUUUUCGAUCUUUGCGGCAAAGAGCGACAACAUUGACGAUGUGCGUCCCUUUGUCGAGGUCAUUGAAAAGAUGAUUCGCCGCUACAAGUUCCUGCAAAAGCCGCUGGAGGAGUCGUCCAUGCCCGGUAUUCUGCAGUACAUCAACCGCUACGAGCCCAUUCAGGUGUCGAAGCUGGCCGUCGCGUGCUCGCUCUCAAUCCAGAUGGGCCUGACGAGCGCAAGCAUCCUUGCGCCGCUCCAAAAGGAUCAUCUGACCAAGGAUGAUCUCGCACUCAACUUCAUCACGGAGGUCUUCCGCACCUACCUCAAGGACCAGACGAUGGAACACCUCGCCUCGGUGCUGCGCAAGGGCGGCAUCCGUGACUGGAUGCUCUUCUUCCCCCAGACGAAGCGCUCGCAGCCCGACGUGAUCUACAACUACUUCCGCUCGGAGGAGGUGGGCCUGCCGCAGGUCGCCGACUACCACGCGCGCCGCCAGGUCAAGGAGCUGCGCGAGCAGACCGCCUCGGACCUCGCCGAGAUGGUCAAGACGGAGGAGACGACGCCGCAGGAGAUUCUCACGAUGCUCAACGAGCGCCAGAAGAAGCUCGGCCUGAGCCCGGAAGAGUUCAUCGUGGUCGUCUUUGAGGGUCUCAUGCGCGGCAUUGACGCGGCGGCCAAGCAGGACCAGCUCGAGAUGAUCGUCCCGAAGGAGGUCGAGCGCCUCGCAGGCGUCCUGGAGCCGUUCGCCUCGAACGCACGCUCGGAAAUCGCCCUGAUUAACGCAAUUCAGGUGCACUGCUACACGGACACGCGUGUGUUCAAGUCAUUUGCCACGCUACUCAAGAUUCUGUACAACGAAAAUGUGCUCUCCGACCAGGCCAUCAUAUACUGGGCGCAAAAGGGCGCAAAGCCCCAGGGUAAGCAGCACUUCCUCAAGCUCGCUGAGCCGCUUGUCAAUUUCCUGGAGAGCCAAGACAGUGACGAGGAGGACGAGUAG